UGUGAUUUUAUUCAAACCGAAUCAAAUCAAACCAUCGCAUAGAGAGAGGUUUCGGAAGGGGCGGCGAGAUAUAUCUAUCUAGGGUUUCUGUUGUCAAUCUCUGGCAUCGAACAAGAAAGAUAGAGAAAGAGAGAUGGAUUCGUUUUCGUCACCAUCGAGUGGAUCAUCGUCGCAGAUGUCGACCGAGGACUUCAUGAGCCAGCUCAAAACUCAGCUUGCCCAGGCUUACGCUGAGGAGUUCCUUGAGACUGUAAGGGGUAAGUGCUUUGAGAAGUGUAUCACCAAACCCGGAAGUAGCCUUAGCGGGAGCGAGAGUAGUUGCAUAUCUAGGUGUGUGGAUCGCUACAUUGAGGCCACGGGUAUUAUCAGCAAAGCUCUUUUUAGCUCCCCACGCUAAAAUUGUGAAGAGCACACAAAUGACAGGUGUGGAAUUUUCUAGGGAAAAAAGUUAAUGAAAAUAGGAGGGGUUGAAAAUUGUGUUCCCGUUCCUAAUAUCCAUGAGGAAAGUAGGCCAUUUCGCUUUGAAUACUAUUUUUUGUACUUGGUAAUCAGCCAUAAAAACUUUGGAUUUCUCGACUUUUUUGUUUUUAAA